AUGCCUAGUGGGCCCUUUUACGGCGGAAUGCACAACUACGAAACCGUAAAAUUCCUCAUCAGUCAAGGGGCCCUAGUCGACGAAAUUUCUUAUGACAAUGUGUGGGACUUUCUCUUUUGUGGAAAGUGCAAUGAGACGGAGCAGUUCGCGCUCCGCUGUAUCACUGAAGGAGGUGAGGGCAACUGGGAGGAAGAGCAGAAUUUCCCGCUCGUCCACAGAAUGAUUUUUGGCCUAUCAACCAAGUCAUUAGCGGCUGAACUCGACGAAAACCCAAAUGCUGUUUACCUUACGGAUACACAAAACCGAACGGCACUUGGCUGGGCAACAGCAAGAGCUCAACUAGACAAUAUUGCUCUUCCUGAAGACAUCACAGGGAGAACUCCAGUCCUGCAUGCCGUCGACAGUCAUAACACUCCCUGUCUCCGUCUGAUACUCGAAGGAGGCGGUGAUCCGAAUCCCACAAUGCCAAAGGGUGCCAGCAAUCCUGAAGGGCUAACCGCCUUGCAUUCCGUCGCUCGCACCCAGAAUGUCGAAUGCGCACGCCUGUUGCUCGAGUAUGGUGCGGACUUGAAUGCUAUCUCUGGUAGUGGUGUAACUCCGCUUUCAACAGCAAUCCUACAUAACAACCAUGCAGUCCUAAGACUCUUCGUCGAUCAAGGCUACGACUGUAUCGCCACUGCCCGUCUCAAAGGCAUCAAUCUUCUCUCGACCGUUGCGGAGCACGCCGACGUGGAGACCAUCCACAUCCUCGCCUCGUCGCAUCCAAUGAAGAUCUCGUACGAUCUCAAGGCUGAUAGCCUUGCCGCAACUCGAGAAAUCUUGCAGCAACAUCGCGAUUACAGCGAGGAAGUGUCACAAGGUUUUGAAGAGUUGGUUGCCAUCGCCAAAGCAGAAGAAGCCGAGUGUCGCUCGAUCGAUAGUCUAAUCGAGUCGGGCCUUUUCCUUUCUGCAAAGUCGUCGUUCCAUGAGGAGUUGGCCGAAGCCCUCGCGAAGCUCGAAACUGUUGCAGUUAGCCCUACGUCAACGGAUUACUUUGAAGACUGCCAAGAGAAUUUGAUUUCGUUGUGA